AUGUCAUGGUAUAUUAAGAGAACGGACAUACCAGAAGGUGCUGAAGGAUGUUUAGAAGGUUUAGUAUUUGUUAUUAGUGGUGUUUUGGAUUCGCUGGAACGUGAUGAAUGUAAAGAUUUAAUUAAAAAAUAUGGUGGCGACGUUAAAGAAGCGAUUACAAAAACAAAGACAAAUUAUUUAAUUCUUGGUAAACAAGGUGGUGAAGCUAAAACAAAAAAAGCUGAAGAAUAUAAUAUUAAAAUCAUAGAUGAGGAUGAUUUACUUGAAAUGAUUCGAAUUCGACCAGGAAAAGGUGUAAAACCAAUCAAAGCAGCUUCGACGGCGUCAAGAGCAUCAUCCAUACAAUCAUCAUCACGCGCCAUCUCGUCUUCAUCUGACAUAAAACCUAGUUUCUAUUCAGAAACAACAACAAGUAGUAGUGCUAGUAAAAAACAGUCAACAUCAUCUGAGAAAAAUGAUUUACUAUGGGUUGAUAAAUAUCGUCCAACACAAUUAAACCAAAUUGUCGGUCAACAAGGUGAAAAAUCAUGUGUGCAAAAAUUAAUGAGUUGGCUGAGAAAUUGGCACAAAUAUCAUGGGAAAAAUGUAGCACAGCAAGACAAGAAAAAAGUAUCAACAUGGAAUAGAAACGAUGAUCCAACGUUGUUCAAAGCGGCGUUGUUAAGUGGCCCACCAGGAAUCGGUAAAACAACCACUGCUCAGUUAGUUUGUAAAGAAUUAAAAUUGCCCUACAUUGAACGUAAUGCAUCCGAUCAACGUUCGAAAAAGACACUUCAGCAAUAUGUCUCCGACAGUAUUAGUAAUACACACUUAUCAACAACACAAAUUGUUGUAGAAAAACACGUUUUGAUAAUGGAUGAAGUUGAUGGAUCAUCAGGAAAUGAAGAUCGAGGUGGUAUUCAAGAAUUGAUACAAUUGAUAAAACGUUCACAUAUUCCUAUUAUUUGCAUUUGUAAUGAUCGUCAAGCACAAAAAAUUCGUUCAUUGGCAAAUUAUUGUUAUGAUUUAAGAUUUUUUAAACCAAAAUCGGAACAAAUUAAAAGUUCUAUAAAAUCAAUAUUAUUCAAAGAACAAGUUGAAAUUAAAAAUGAAAUACUUGAUCAAAUUAUAUUAUCGUGUAAUCAAGAUAUUCGACAAAUUAUUCAUAGUUGUAAUCUAUGGUAUACAUCACAAACCCCAUUAAAAUAUCAGUCAUCAUCUUAUAAUCAGAUCAACAAAAGUGUAAAUAAUAAUAUCUUUGAAUUAUGUCGAAAAUCAUUUUCUAGUGAAUCACGAAAUUUGUCACUUAUUGAAAAAUCGGAUCUAUUUUUUGAAGAUUAUCGUUUAACACCAUUGUUUAUUCAAGAAAACUAUCUUCGUGUAGUACCUACAACAACAUCAAGAGAUAUUAAAAUGACAACAAUACAACGAUUGAAUCUAAUAUCGAAAGCAGCUGAUAGUAUUUGUCUAGGAGAUUUAGCUAGUAAAAUUAUUUAUUCAUCAAAUGAUUGGUCAUUAUUAUCAUAUAUGGGCAUUUUUUCAGCUGUUACACCAUGUUCAUUAAUGCGUGGUACAACAAGUCGUAUUGAAUUUCCAAAAUGGUUGGGUCAAUGCUCUAAGACAAAUAAAUGUAUUCGUCUAUUAACUGAAUUAGAAAAGCAUGCAUCAUUACAAAUAUCAACAGCAAAUAAAAUAGAUUUCAAUCUUGACUAUAUGUAUUAUCUCUCACGCGCACUCAUUACACCAUUACAACGAGAGGGUAACGAUGGUAUUGAAAAAUGUAUUGAAUUUAUGGAUAAAUAUUAUUUGACACAUGAAGAUUUACAAACGAUAAUGGAAAUGACAUCAUGGAAUGAUGGUAAAAAAACUGGUGAUAAAAAUUUAUAUGAAAAAAUUGAUUCUAAAAUUAAAACACGAUUAACACGAACAUUUAAUAAACAUACACAUAAAACACCUUAUCAAAUAAUUAAUCUUAAUAAAUUAAAAAAAAUUAGACAGCCAGAAAAUGAAGAUGAAAUUGAUGUUGAAAAAUUGGAAAAUGGUGAAAUUGAAGAGAAUAAUGAUGAUAUUUCCGAAGCAAAUAGAGUUGAAGAAGAUGCAAUGAUAAAAAGAAGAAAGGCUAUGAAACAAUCAUCAACAAAAGUUCCAACGAAACGUGAACUAAAAAUGGGACCAUAUCGUCAAAAUGAUGAAAAUUUGAAAUUUGGCGAAUUAUUUCUUAAAGGCAUUCAAGAACAAACAUUUGAAACUGCAUUGUAUCAUGUACAGAUAUUUAUCGAACGCAGUAAUAUUGAUGAUGAUGAAACACCAACAUUAAUUCAAGAAGGUCACGACAUUGUUAGCGAGACGAAAUGA